AUGGCGGCGUCGGAGAUUGUGGAGGGACGGUUGAGGACGCCUCGGAAGUGCUCGGCCCAUCGCUGUAGAAUUUUUGUCUUCUCAGUGAAAAGGCUGUUGCCGUCGGCACUGAGAAGAAGUGCAGUGCCUUUAGUUGGCGGACCGUAGACAACUUUGAUCGCGGAGAAGAAGUUCUUCCAUUCGUUGCGGUCCGCGUAUCCUCGGAUCUCCUUGGCCUUGCGAGCCGUUCAUGCGUCCUGCAUCUCGCACAGCCGCUGUUGUGCAAGGUGACGACUACGGUAGAAAGCAGCUCUGUUGUCGUCGAUGGAGCGAUUGACAAAGGCCUUGCGCAGGCGGUUCUUCUCGGCGAAAAGAUUGCUGAUGGCGGCGUCGUGUUGGCGACGUGCACGACUGAGGACAGACAGGACGGUCGACAGGACCGUGUCCCUCAGUUCACAUCAUCGGUUAUCCACGGAGGCGUUCUCGUCAGCGGCGGCGGCGGCGGCGGUGACUGGAAGGCUGACCAGUCUCUGAGCUGGCUCAUUGCCGAAAUGGAGAUGGUGAGCGGGCAAAGACAACAAGGCAACAUUCAGCGUACCUAG